AUGCCCCUCGAACCAUCCUCGGCAGACUACUGGCAAGGCGUGCCGGACGACCGUGGCAACGUGCUGAUCAUCGGCAUCGACUUUGGCACGACGUAUUCAGGUGUCGCUUGGGCCACGCCGUACGACUUUGAGCAGGAGCAGAUCAACCUGAUCCACAGCUGGCCCGGCAUGGGUCUAGAGAAGGGCAAGGCGCCGACGGAGCUCUGUUAUGAGGACGGCCAGGUCUACUGGGGCUACGAGGUGCCGGCGGACGCGGACGCGGUCCAGUGGUUCAAGCUGCUGCUAUUGCGCGAAGACGACCUGAGUCCAGCCCUGGCCAACUCGGAGCAUGUGCGGCGCUGUCGCCGGAUGCUGCACGACCAGGCCAAGACGCCGGUCGACCUGGUGGCGGACUAUCUGCGGCUGCUCUGGGCCCAUGUGCUGGACACGAUCAGCCGCGACCGGGGCGACGCUGCUGUGGCGGGCAUGCGCCUGCACGUCGUGCUGACGGUGCCGGCGAUCUGGCCGGGCUAUGCUCGUCAGCGGAUGGAGGAGGCGGUCAGUCAAGCGGGCAUCCUGGACGCCCGACCGGCCGGUCCGACCGAGCUGACGCUCGUCACCGAGCCCGAGGCGGCUGCCCUGGCCACGCUGUACAACAGCGCGACGGCGUGUCGGCAGGGCGACGUGGUGAUCAUCUGCGAUGCUGGCGGCGGGACGGUGGACCUCGUCUCCUACAAAGUGACGCGCCGCUCGCCGCUCGUCAUCGAAGAGGCCAUCGAGGGCGUCGGCGGGCUCUUUGGCAGCAUCUUCGUCGACGAGGCCUUUGAGCACAUGUCGCAGCGCCGGCUCGGCCCCAAGUGGGAUAGCCUCAGCAAGGCCGGGGUCAAGGAGCUGGUCCGGGGCGAAUGGCAGCAGGUGAUCAAGCCGCAGUACAAGCACAUGGCCAACUCCCGGCGCCAAUACACCGUCGGGAUCCCGGCCGAGGCGUUUGCGUCCAAGGCCGAGCUGAACGACGUCAGCCGGGAGCCGCACAUCAAGAUGGGCCGUUUCCAUCUGACCGGCGACCAGAUCGAAAAGCUGUUCGAGUACUCCUUUGACGGCAUCGACAGGCUCAUCGACGAGCAGAUCAGCGCGAUCAAGGCCACAAAGGACCUAUCCGUCUCGGACAUCAUCCUCGUGGGCGGUCUGGGCGGCAGUCCGUAUCUCCACCAGCACCUGAAGGAGCGCCAUGGCUCCGACAUCAACGUGCUGCAGUCGACGGGAACGAAGCCGUGGACGGCCAUCUGUCGUGGCGCCGUGUACAAGGGCUGCUACAAGACAUUCGUGGCCGGCGGCGAGGGCUACCGGCCGCUGCCGGUCACGGUCGCGUCGACGGUAUCGCGCUUCUCGGUCGGCCUCUGCUUCUCGCAGCUGUACAGCGAGGCCUACCACCGGGAGGAGGACCGGUACUACGACGAGAAGGAGGGGGUCUACUUUGCCGGGCGCCAGAUGGAGUGGUAUCUGCGCAAGGGCAGCUCGGUCCAGGCGAUGACGCCCAUCCGCCACGACUUCUAUCUGCUCGUCAACGGCCCCAAGACCGAGUGGACGCGCGAGCUGUAUCUCUGCAACAGCGCCGACGCGCCGUCACGCAAGGGCGACGGCGUGGAAAAGAUGUGCGACCUCACCUGCAACUUUGCUUCCAUCGUCGACCGCCUGCCCUACUACGAGUCGCCCAGCGGGCAGAUCUUCAAGAAGUUUGCCUACGAGAUCGUCAUGAUUCCGUCCGGCGCCUCGGUCGAGUUUGCCGUCCUGUACCAGGACCAGCGGCUGGCCAGCAAGGAGGUCAAGCAAGCCGACUUUUGGCUCCGCUGCGACAGCCUGAUCAGCAAUCGGACAUGCGACAAUGCAGUCGCCUACCCAGAAGCCAUAGCGACGGAGCUCAGACAGUUCCAGCCCUCACACGGCUCCCAGCUUUCGCCCCAACACCCCGCACUAAGAUAG